AUGUUUAUUAAGUAGUGUUUAAAUAAUAUGGAUUUAGUACUUUCGCUCGCAAUAUCCUAGAUGACCUACUUUCUAAGUCAGAUAUCACUUUAGAAGAAAUUCUGGAUGCUGAAGUACUAGAUGAAAUUAAAUUCAAUGGAUCUCAAAAAUUUGCCAUAUUGUAUAGUUGUUCAUCUAUUGUAUUAGCAUUAUUAAAGAUGUCAACAAUUACAUAUAAAUGAUUCAAUAUAUUCAUUAAUUAGAUCCAAACAAUCUUAAGUUAAAAAGGUAAUUUAUGCACUCUAUCUAGAUAUCAAUUUCUCAUUAGUGAAAUUUUGAGUUAUGAUAUUCCAAUUUUAAUUGAUUAUUUAUUUGAACCAGAACCAAAUAUUCCAAAUUAUUAAGUUUAAGAAGCAUAACGCGAAUAACUUCUCCCUCUUUUAUUUCAACCAUUUCAAGCAGAUUAUCUUAACAUCACUUAAGUAGGAUAUCUGGCCAAAAUUAUUGAAUCCAUCAUUAGAAAGAGGGGUAACAGCGUAUAAAUUAGUGAAUUCAAUCUAGUUAUGGAAUUGGCUUGAUAAUAAUUAAUUCUGUGUGGAUCAUCUUAUUAAACAUUUAGAUGUGCAUCAUGUGACAUCCAUUAUUACACACUUAAUCACCUAUGAACAUACUAGUCAAGAUUUAAAUUUUGAUGAAUAUACUAACAAAAAAAAUCAAUUACUUCAAAGAGUUUACACAAUUUUACUUAAUAAAAUUCAUAAUUCAGAACUUGUUAACAAUUGUUGUGAAAUACUUAUUGAAAUUUGUAAUAAGACUUAGAAGUUUAAUUAAUAGAUUGAUUAACCAUAAGAGCUUUAUACAGCAGCAGUAAUUAUUCUUUUAAUAAUUAGUGUGAUUCAGGAUUUGUUAAAUUUUUUAAUGUUUUAAUAACUCUUUUAUAAUAACAUCUGUCAUCGAAAAACUAAAAUUAUUCUAAAUAUAAUUAUGUUGCUUUAAACAUGCAUAGACCAUUAUCAAAUGAAUAUUUAAGUUUUGGUACAUUUAUCAAUAAUAUUUUUAAGCUUUCAAUUCAACCUUAAAUAUAAUCUAAACAAAUUUUGGAUUAUUCAAAUUAUAAAUAUUGACAAUAUAUCAUUUAUUUUUACAAACAGAAGAUUCUGAACUUUUAAAUUUAAUUAAUCAUUCAGAAAUCUAUCAAUAAUUUUAAAAAUACAUAAAGAAAUUUGAAUUCAAUAAUUAACUCCAAAUUCUAUUCCAUUAAAUUACAAUUUUUAUUUUCAAAAAUAACUCAUUAAAUUGGAUUAAAGAACUUAUAUAAAAAGAUUUAUUUUAAUUUAUAUCAUCAACAAAUACAUUAUAAAAAUAAAUUAUUGGAUAAAUUAAGAAACCAUUAAAUAGAGGAUAUUAUGGAAUCUUGUCAUAACUCUCUUAUGAAUUAGAAGAGUAUGAUGACUCAGAAGAUUGGAAUUUAUAUAAAUAGAAUGUUUUAUUUCAAAUUAAAAAUGUUGAAUAAAAUUAUUACUUUGGUAUCAAUCCUAAAGGUAAUUUAGUCGAAUAAAUCUAUUCUAACACUAAUGAAAAUUUAUAAUUAUCAAAACAAGUAUGAAGCUAUUUAAUUUAGCAUGUUACUCAAAUUAAACCUGAUUCUAUAGAAAUUGAGAUUAACAAUAAAUAAAAUAAUUAUGAAUUUGAAUCAAUUUUAAAAGAGAGAUUAAAGUUGAGUUUUCCAAUCAAAAAUUUAUUAUCAUUUUCUGAUAUGAAUAAGAAUGAAAUUCCUCAAAAUCCCACCCUUUAAGAAGAUUUCAAAUCAGUACCAUUAGACUUGGAUUCAUUUGAUGUGACUGAACAAUAAAAAAAAAAGAUUUGUAGUUCUUAGAAUGAAUUUAGUAAGAAUAGUAACGAGUUCAAUUCAUUUUAACCAGAUUGUUACUGA